AUGGAGCGGAUGCCGGCGGGGGCCGCCGUGGCCUUGCCGGGGGGGGCCCCGCCGGGCGCCCCCUGCGGGCCCUGGGAGAUGCGCGAGCGGCUGGGCACCGGCGGCUUCGGCAACGUGGCCCUCUACCAGCACCGGGAUUUAGGGACGAAGAUCGCCAUCAAGUCCUGCCGCCUGGAAUUAAGCGUCACAAACCAAGGCCGCUGGUGCCACGAGAUCCAGAUCAUGAAGAAGCUGAACCACCCCAGUGUUGUCAAAGCCUGUGACGUGCCCGAAGAAAUGAAUUUCCUUGUAAAUGACGUCCCUCUUUUGGCGAUGGAGUAUUGCUCUGGAGGAGAUCUGAGGAAGCUGUUAAACAAGCCUGAAAAUUGCUGUGGACUCAAGGAGAGCCAGAUUCUUUCUGUCCUUAGCGAUAUUGGAUCUGGAAUCCAGUACUUGCAUGAGAACAGAAUAAUACACAGAGACCUGAAACCUGAAAAUAUUGUUCUUCAGGACGAAAAGGGAAAGGUCGUUCACAAAAUUAUAGACUUGGGAUAUGCCAAAGAUCUGGAUCAAGGGACUUUAUGCACCUCUUUUGUUGGGACCUUGCAGUACUUGGCCCCCGAACUCUUCGAUAAUAAGCCCUACACAACUUCUGUUGACUUCUGGAGCUUUGGGACUGUUGUCUUUGAAUGCAUUACAGGAUUUAGACCGUUUCUACACAAUCAGCAGCCUUUUACCUGGCAUGAGAAAAUCAAAAAGAAGGAUCCCAAAUUCAUCUAUGCCUGGGAAGAGAUGAACGGGGAUGUUAGAUUCAGCGCUCAUUUGCCUCAGCCCAACAGCCUCUGCAGUGUCAUUGUGCCCGAAAUGGAGAGCUGGCUGCAGCAGGUGCUGAAUUGGGACCCACAGCAAAGAGUGGGAGGUACAGAUCCGGCAACGGGUCAGUUGAGAUGUUUCCAAUUAAUGGAUCAUCUGUUAAGCAUGAAAAUAGUCCACAUCUUAAACAUGACUUCUGCCAAGAUCCUAUCUUUUCCGUUGCACCCGGAGGAAAGUCUCCACUCCCUCCAGUGUCGGAUUGAGUCUGAGACCGGAAUCAGCACCGUCAACCAGGAGCUUCUGCUGGAGAUGGGGAUUUGCCUGGACCCCCGGAAGCCGGCCUCUCAAUGUAUCAUCGACGGCGUAAGAGGCUGGGACAGCUACAUGGUUUAUUUGUUCGAUAAAAGCAAAACGAUUUACGACGGCCCCUUUGCUUCUAGGAGUCUGUCUGAAUGCGUAAACUGCAUUGUACAGGACAGCAAAAUUCAGUUGCCCAUUUUGCGACUUCGUAAGAUAUGGGCUGAAGCCGUGCAUUACGUGAUGGGGCUAAAAGAAGAUUAUAGCCGAUUGUUCCAGGGGCAGAGGGCCGCAAUGCUGAGUCUUCUCAGAUACAACGCCAACUUAACCAAAAUGAAAAACAACAUGGUGUCGGCAUCGCAGCAACUAAAAGCAAAACUGAGGUUCUUUCAGCAGAGCAUCCACCUUGACUUGGAAAGAUACAGUGAUCAGAUGACCUACGGAAUAUCCUCAGAAAAAAUGCUGAAAGCCUGGAAAGAGAUGGAGGAGAAGGCCUUGCAGUGUGAAGAGGCUGGAGAUAUUGGCUACCUGGACGACCAAAUCAUGGCUCUCCAUACAGAGAUUGUAGAACUGCAGAGGAGCCCCCACGCACGACGUCAAGGCGACAUCAUGGAAAAUCUUGAACAAAGAGCUAUAGAACUCUACAAGCAAUUAAAACCCAGGGCACCAGAUCACUCCUACAGCGACAGCACAGAUAUGGUGAGGAUCAUCGUCCAGACAGUUCAAAGCCAGGACUGGGUGCUCAAGGAACUCUACAGACAUCUUAGCAAGCUGUUAGGUUGUAAGCAGAAGAUUAUCGAUCUGCUGCCAAAGAUCGAAGUGGCUCUGAAUAAUAUCAAGGAGGCCGACAGUUCUGUGAUGCAGAUGCAAGGGAAGAGGCAGCGGGAAAUCUGGCAUUUGCUAAAAAUAGCUUGCACUCAGAGCUCUGCUAAAUCUGCCAGUUCCAGCGUCGAUGCGUCUCCGGCAUCCACGUGGCUCUCACAAACGUCUCCAGGAAAUGCGCUUCAGCCUCUUUCUUCUAUGGCGGCCUCCAGAAACGAGGCUCCCUUUUCACAUAUGAUUGAAGAAAAUCUCAACUAUCUCAGCAGUUUUAGCUCAAUUAUACAAGAUGCGACGAGUGACCGGAACAACAGCGUGAUGAGCCUUGAUUGGAGUUGGCUAAAAUAGUGGAGCAUGGCAAGCAGAAUGCCAAGACCCGC